CCACGUCCCGCGCUCCGCCCCACCAGCGCGCACGCGUGAAGGGGGCGGGGCCUGCCGCGAUUGGCUCCUCCGCGGUGACGCGGCAAGGCAGGCGGAAGUGAGGGCGCUCCGGCCAUGUUACGGCAGGAUAGCAGUGAUGACAUUGAAGAUGUGUCUCUCUUUGAUGCAGAUGAUGAUGUAUCCAGGAGAUCAAAAAAGUCCAAAAUAAGGCAUCCCGUGGCAUCAUUUUUCCACUUAUUCUUCCGAGUCAGUGCGAUCGUUGUCUAUCUGCUCUGUGAGCUCUUAACUAGCAGCUUUAUCGCCUGCAUGGUGACAAUUAUCCUCCUCUUGUCGUGUGACUUUUGGGCUGUAAAGAAUGUCACAGGGCGACUCAUGGUUGGCCUUCGCUGGUGGAACCAAGUGGAUGAUGAUGGUAAAAGUCACUGGGUGUUUGAAGCCAGGAAGGUAUCAGCACAAAGGAGUAAAAGCUCCUCGGAAGCAGAGUCCCGAAUUUUCUGGUUAGGUCUGAUUACCUGCCCUAUGAUCUGGGUGAUAUUUGCUUUCAGUGCACUCUUUUCUUUCAAAGUGAAAUGGCUGGCAGUGGUUGUGAUGGGAGUGGUGCUUCAGGGAGCCAACCUUUAUGGUUAUAUCAGGUGUAAAGUUGGCAGCAGGAAGAACUUGACGAGCAUGGCGACCAGCUAUCUUGGAAAGCAGUUCUUGCGGCAGACUGUGGCUAAAGAAGACCAACCGCCAUCCUGAGUGUAGCAGAAGCCUCAAUCCAGAUUCACAGUAGUGAACAACAGGGAACGUUGCUCUGACCAUGAGAUUUGGGAGCUGCAUACAUGAGGUGUGAAUUAAAAGAAGUAAAUAAAUUGUGCAAGACUUCAGGUUAACACUCCUAGCAGCUUAUAUUCGAUUUUCCACUAGCAGUUUGUCUUUUAAGUCCUUUCUUUAGUUGAUUAGUUAGAAUUAAUUUGCCUAAACUUUAAAUUAAUAACUAUCCUAGGUGGCUCUCAUACAGGUUUAGAACUACUGGAUGAGUUAAGAGAAAACUGCUGCACAUCCUUCUUCAGAAAAACCAUGCACAAGCCGAGCCUUCUGUUACCCAAGAACUCCCCCAGUUCCUCCAGCAGUUGGUGCCUCAGAUUGUUUCAGUUGUGGAUGUUGCUGCGUUUUGUUCUUGGAGGUCAUUGCUGCUUCUGUUACAGAGUUUAGACAGUGCUCUUUUGGCUCCACAGCUCCCUCAUUCUGUGAUCUGAAUGGCACUGAGGUGGUUGCAGUGAAGGACAUCUAAAGGAAGUAUUGCUGUUGGCCUAGUGGGGGGGAUCACUAAAGCCUUGUGGGAACUGCAGGAAGUGACUUCCAAACAGCUCUGGUCAUUUAUUUAUUUACCUGAAGCAUCCCUGGAAGUCUUAGUAACAUCUUAAACCCCUGGAUUUAUGGGAAAUCCCUCUUCUACCUGUAUGGAGAGUGUAGCAAGAGUAAAACCAGUUUCUGAGGAAGGUUGCUGCACAAUUUCAGAGAGUGAAUUUGGGAGCAGUUACUGUAUAACGCUGCUGAAGGGAUGCAUCUGACACACAUGCUGUGUGGCAGCACGUGUUUGAUGCUACAGGUCUCUCUAGCCAGAAGGGUGUAGAGUGAUGUGAUCUGCAGUUUCCUCACCAGCUCCUCACACAGGGUCACAGGGAAUGUGACUGACAGGGUUCUACAUUCCUUGAAUCCAUACAGUAUGCUGUCCUUAAUCCGUGCACCCCAAGGAGUCUGUGAGCUGGGAAAAAAAGCCUUUUGUAGGGUUGUGAAAUGUUGACUUGCAGUGUUCACUUAAAUGGCAGAAAGUGGUGUGUUUUUGUGUGAAAAGCUGUAUGAAGGGGUCAGUUCCUUCUUGUCAUGUAAUUUUGUUCAGGGCAGAUUGUACUUUCCCAGCUUUGAAUGAGGUACUUUAAAUGAAGAAUGUGUUUUGAAUAAUGGGUAUUGUAAAUUGUGGGAUUGCAUUGACAUGAUUUAUCUCCCUGUACUGUGGCAGUACCUGGGAGGUGUACAUUUGUUGAACUCUUUGGAUUGAUACUUCCUUUUGUAAAUAUGUAUUUAUACAAUCUUGAAAUUAAAAUGAUGCUUUGUUUAACCAGA